UCCUAAUCCGACUAAAUAUAAUCAGAAAUAUAUAAAUUUACGAGUCUGUUCGUAUUUGUCGGAAGCAGUUCAAAAUAGGAGUACGGGGAAAAAGACGUCACCAGCUAAAGAGCAACGGAACGCCAACUUUUAAAAUACUAUAAAAGGCUUUGUUUUCUUCACUCCACACCUUAUCGACAAAUAUUUUUUUCAAAGCAAUUAUUAAAGCAACGUUCAAAUCAACAUCAAAACAACAACAACAAACAAAAUGUUCUUUUAUUUAAUUCGACAAGAAGAGUUUAAAGACGGUUCUGGAACAAGAAAGUCUUCUUCAUUUCUGCGCUCGUCGACUACCAACAUUUUGCCAACUCUCUUUGCUUCUUUGGUUUUUUUGUUUCUUCUCGGGCAGGUUAAGGGUGAUGAUGGUGGUGAUGGAAUCCCUGUUGGGUUUUUCAAUCACACGCUGAAAGAUGGAAUGGUUACACUUUCUGAGGGAACCGUAGAAGUCAACGAGACCAAUCUGGAAUUGUUCACGAAUCAUUCUGGAGCAUGUGAAGUUACUUUUGAAGGCAAUUUCAUGUGA